AUGCUCAGUGUGGUACCCACUGUCAUUAAGGAUUCACUUAAUAGGAAGAAAGUUCUUGCUGUUCUUGAUGAUGUUAAUGAUCCAGAGCAACUAGAAGCUUUAGCUAUAAAUGAUGAUGAUUGUUUUGGGCUGGGAAGUAGAAUCAUUUUAAUAAGCAGAGACAAGCAUGUCCUUAGCAGUGCUAAAAAGAUAAAUGAGGUUAAGGUAUAUGAGGUUAAGGGAUUGGAUUGUAGCGAUGCUCUUCAGCUGUUAAGUAUGAAAGCCUUCAAACAAAACCAUCCUCCGGUGGAAUAUAGAGAGUUGUCCAAAAGGGUAGAAACUUAUUGUAAAGGUGUUCCACUAGCUCUCAAGGUUUUGGGUUCCUAUUUGUGCGGAAGGACUUCUAAAGAAUGGGAAAGUGCAUUGAAUAAACUGAAGGUAUCUCCUGACUACAACAUUCUGAAAGUCUUAAAAGUAAGUUAUAAUGCUUUAGAUCGAAUGGAAAAAAGCAUAUUUCUAGAUAUUGCAUGUUUCUUCAAAGGAUAUGACAAAAGCUGGGUAGAAGAUAUAUUAGAUGAUUGGGUGAUAAUUCGUCUAAUGGAUAAGUGUCUCAUAACUAUCGUGGAUGACAAGUUAGAGAUGCACGAUUUGAUAGUGGAAAUGGGUCAAGAUAUUGCUCGGCGGAAGGGUAACCGAUUAUGGAUUUCUACAGAUAUCUGUCAAAUGUUGGCCACAAAUGAUAAUAAGGCAAAGAAAGUAGUUGAAGGUCUAUUUUUGGACAUCUCUACAAUUGGAAGGGUAUAUUUGAAUCCUGCCGUGUUCUCAAGAAUGCACAACUUGAGAUUGCUCAAAUUUUACGGGAGUUCCUGGUUAAAGAAGGAAGGUACUGGCUCCAUAUUUGAAUCUAGCGGAUCAGAUUGUCUAAAAAGUCUUCCUAACAAGUUGAGAUUACUUCAUUGGGAAGAAUACCCUUUCAAGUCUUUGCCAUUAAAUUUUUCCAUGGAAAACCUUGCCCGCCUCAUCAUGCCAUGUAGCGAAGUUGAAGAGCUCUGGAAUGGAUCUACGUGUUUGCCAAACUUAAAAUCUCUUGAUCUUAAUUGCUCAGAGAAUCUGAAAAUAGUCCCUGAUUUUUCUAUGAUGACAAGCCUGGAAGUGAUAAAUUUUGAUGGUUGUGAGAGUUUGAUUGAGAUUCCAUCAUCCAUUCAGUGCCUGGAAAGACUCCGUUUUCUUGAUAUAGGUCAGUGCAAAAAGUUGAUAAGUCUUCCACAAAUGCCGAGAGGCAUAAAAUAUUUAUAUCUCAAUUAUUCUGGAGUGGAAGAGUGGUCUCCGUCAUCUAUCCAAUUUCUUGACAAUCUUCGGUUCUUAAAUAUUUCCCAUUGCGAAAACCUUAGAAGUCUUCCAAGAAUUAUAUAUUGCAAUACUUUAACACUUGAUAUUAGUUUCUGCCCAAAUCUCAUCAUGGCUCCGCAGAUUAUGGAAAUGCUCAACGGUCUCCCAAAUAGCACUUGCGAAUGGAAAGGCUCUGAGAUUCUGAGUCUCCGUGGCUGUUCAAAUCUUGAGAAAUUGCCUCCCUUAUUUGGUUUACUCUCUUUACGAUAUCUAUAUCUAGAUGGCACUGCACUUGUAGAAAUUCCCCCUGACAUUGUUUCUUUGUCAUCAUUAGAAGUACUGUCUCUAAGUGAUACUCCAAUGGAAGAAUUGCCGUCAUCAAUUGGUUGUCUCUCUUCACUUGUUAGUUUGUAUUUGAAGAGAUGUAAAAACCUUAAGAGUCUCCCAAACAGCAUUUGUGAAUUGAAAUGUCUUGGGACUCUACAUCUCAGUGGCUGUUCAAAUCUAGAGAAAUUGCCUCCUUUAUAUGGUUUAUGCUCCUUAAACGGGAUAUAUCUAGAUGGCACUGCACUUGUAGAAAUUCCCCCUGACAUUGUUUCUUUGUCAUCAUUAAAAGUACUGUCUCUAAGUGAUGCUCCAAUGGAAGAAUUGCCGUCAUCAAUUGGUUGUCUCUCUUCACUUGGUCGUUUGAAUUUGCAGAGAUGUAAAAAGCUUAAGAGUCUCCCAAACAGCAUUUGUGAAUUGAAAUGUCUUAAGACUCUACAUCUCAGGGGCUGUUCAAAUCUAGAGAAAUUGCCUCCUUUAUAUGGUUUAUGCUCUUUACGAGAUCUAUAUCUAGAUGGCACUGCACUCGUAAAAAUUCCCCUUGACAUUUUCUCUUUAUCAUCAUUGGGAGUAUUGUUUCUAAAUGAUACUCCAAUAGAAGAAUUGCCGUCAUCAAUUGGUUAUGAAUUGAAUUUUUGUAAUUGCGUAAAUUUGGACCAAAAUGCACGUGGCACCAUUAUGGCAGAUGCUGUCCAGAGAAUUAAAGAAUUAGCCAUUGCUAGAAGUUAUCCUUGUUUUUUGGUUGGUUUACCCGGAAGCAAAAUGCCUGAGUGGUUGAGCUGUGAAGGCCCAGGAUAUUUAAUAGAAACUUCGUUCCCUCCUGGUUGCUUCAAUAAUAUGUUCCUGGGUUUUGUUUUUUGUGCUAUUCUAGAAUUCAAGGCUCCUGUUAUGUAUCCUCUACACUUAACAUGUCAAAGCAGGUUCAAAAACAAUAAUGGCUACAUAGGCGCCAGAUUUACAAGUGAAUAUUUCUAUUUGGAAAAUACCAUAGAAUCAGAUCAUGUGAUCUUUUGGUACAAUGGCAAUGACAUUUACUUUUUAGAUUGGCUCAAACAAAAUUGUGACAUGGAGAACGAGGCAUCAUUCUACCUCGAGCCUGAGCCUGAGAAUGUGUAUAUGAAACAGGGGAAAGUGAAAAGGUUUGGGUUUCACUUGUUAUAUGACAAAGUUGAGCUAAACAAAUGCAAUCCUUGCAUAUGCAGAGAAGCCAAUUUUCUGGAGCAAUUAGAAGAAACAGCAAAUGCCAACAAUAAGAGAAGCAGGGAAGACUUCUACUCCAGUAAUAUCAAUGGCAACCAAGAGCUGGAAACACACCCUAAAAGAUUGAGGCCAAACUUCUUUAUGGAAGAUUACUUUUCAAAUGCUCAGGAUAGGAUUAACUACGAUGCUACUAUGCAAGCUGCGUUGACAUCUUCCAAAUCUGGUCAUCAACUUUCUGAUCUGUCGGAUCUCAUUUGUUUUGGGCAUCAACUUUCUGAUCUGGCGAGUCUUACGAGCCCAUCUCUCGCGACUUCAGUGGCGUCUUCCAGACUAACUCUACGCCAACCCCGGCCUUCUCCAUCUCGCCUGUACGUUUCUAGAGUCGUUUCCGAUGCCAACCCUUCUCUAUCUCUUGUGAUUUUGUUAUUUUUGGAUGAUAUUGGAGCGAAGCGCUUUGGAAUUCUAAUCAGAUUACAAGCACUGCUUCCUCCUUCCUUCAUCAGUGAUUAG